UGUCCCGCCGUUACAUUUGAACUGCGAAGUGUGAACAUUUCCAACACUGUCAUGUCAGGUUGUCACAUCGACCAACAACAAAUGGCUUCUCUAGAGGAGACGAGGACGAGUCUUUGCGAGCAGUUUGCCUCUGUUUCUGGGUCGGAUAGUGCAGUGGCUCAGUGUUAUCUAGCAGAAAAUGAUUGGGAUAUGGAGAGAGCAUUGAACUCUUUCUUUGAGGCUCAUAUGGAUUCAGUCUUUGAUGUUGAAGAUACAGAGGAAACUACAAAUGUGUCUGGGAAUAAGAGAAAGGACUUGACUACUGAGAUGGCUGAUGCAUCAGGAUCAAAGAAGAAAUUUAAGAUGGACAAGGCAGAUUGUAUUGAUUUGACAGUGGAGGAGCCCACCUGUUCCAGCAGCAACUCCAAAGCGAGUCAGGCUGAUAGUGGUGUGUCCCAAACUGAUACCGAGGAUAGCAAGCUUUCUGUCGUCAGCUGGAAUGUGGACGCUUUGGACACAUUGAAUCAGGCUGAGCGUGCCAGAGGCUUGUGCUCAUAUCUAGCUCUAUAUACGCCAGAUGUGGUUUUACUUCAAGAACUCAUUCCAGUUUAUAUUCAGUAUCUUAAGAAACGUGCUGUUAGCUACCAGUUUGUUGAGGGAAGUGAUGAUGGAUACUUCACAGGAAUCAUGCUGAAGAAAUCAAGAGUAAAGCUUUUGGAAAGUGAGAUCAUAUGUUAUCCCACAACACAGAUGAUGAGAAACCUGUUAGUAGUUUGGGUGACUUUCUUGGGUCAGAAGCUCUGCUUGAUGACCUCACAUUUGGAAAGCUGUAAAAACCAAUCAGAGGAGAGAAUGAAACAGCUGCGAGUUGUUUUUCAAAAAAUAGGAGAAGCACCAGAUGAUGUCACUGUCAUUUUUGGUGGGGACACCAAUCUCAGGGACUCGGAGGUGGUAAAGGUUGGAGGUUUGCCUCCAGGUGUCAGUGAUGUAUGGGAACAACUGGGCAAACAGGAGCACUGCAGAUACACCUGGGACACUAAAGCAAACAGCAACAAGGCUGUGCCUUACGUCAGCAGAUGUCGCUUUGACCGCAUCUACCUUAAGUCUGCUAAAAAUGGGCGUAAAGUCACUCCUGAUCACAUGGUCUUGAUUGGAAUGGAGAAAGUGGACUGUGGCCGUUACACAAGUGAUCACUGGGGUAUUUACUGCACUUUUAAUACAUGAUUAUUAUAUACCAAAAGCCUGUCUGUCAUUGACUGGGUUCUGUAUGGGAUGUUGUUGAUUUAAAGAGUCUUUGUACUAGAAUUAAAGGAAUAAUUCACCUAAAAAUGAAAACUCACAUUUUCUCACCCUCAUUACAUCCCAGAUGUGUAUGACUUUCUUUCAUCUGCAAAACACAAAUUAAGAUUUUGAAAAGAAUAUUUCUGCUCUGUUGGUCCAUAUAAUACAAGUGAAUGAUGACCAAAACUUUGAAGCUCCAAAAUGCACAAAGGCAGCAUACAAUAAAUCCAUAAAUCUCCAGUGGUUUAAUCCGUCUUCAUAAGCAAUCGAUUCGAUUUGAGUGAGAACAGGCCAAAAUGUAACUCCUUUUUCACUUUACAUCUUGACAUCAGCAGUCUCUUAGGCUAUCAUGAUUUCAAGCUCGAUUACACUUUCUAUAGAGCCAUCUAGCACUCUGCGCAUGCACCAAAUGCCCAUUGUACAAAGGUGCCUCUGUAUUUUCCUGACAGGCAGCAGAUACCUUAACCUUGCCCCCACUCUAAUCCUAACCAAAUGGAGCCUGUAAGCCUGAGUACCCAGACAGGAACAACCCGAGUCACCUUUCUUUUUUUUUAUUAUUAUUUUGGUUUGUUCUCACCCAAAUUGACAUUUAUUAAACCACUGGAGUCAUAUUAAUACAUGUUAUGCUGCAUUUAUGUGCUUUGUGGAGCUUCAAAGUUCUGGUCCUCAUUCACUUGCAUUGAAUGGACCUACAGAGCUGAAAUGUUCAUCUAAAAAAUCUUCAUUUGUAUUCUGCUGAAGAAAGUCACACACAUCUGGGAUGGCAUGAGGGUGAGUAAAUGAUGAGAGAAUUUUCAUUUUUGGGUGAACUAUCUGUUUAAGAACUCUUUGAAGGAAUUAAAAAGUGACUACAGAUCUGUGUAAGAAACAAACUAAUCUACAUAGUUAUAAGAUAAACAAAUGGGUGUACGCUAAUAAAGAGAAAUUAAGUUUGAAUCAAUGUGAAGAAAUGAGUCACUACAGUAUUUUAAUUUGUUCAUGUGGUUAAUUGUGUUACUGCAUCCCAUGAUUAUGACUGUUAUCAACUCCCACCUUCCUAACUUUGUGCAAGUGUCUUGCAGGUAUGUAAUACGAUUUGCCCUUUUCUGUUUUUUUUUUUUUCAGUGCUAUUUGAAAGUGUGAAAGUGUUGACUGAAUUAUUGUAUUUUAAUAAAUA